AUGGGAAGAUCUAAGGCUGAACGUUCUAAAAUCGACUACUCCAGUGAGAAAAAACAAAGACUUGAUCAUUCCAGUGCUCUUCUGUGUGACAGAAGCAUUGUUACUCAGUGUAACUCAGAUCUCGAUGAUCUGGUAUGCCCUACGCCUUUUGUCAGAACCGAAGACAUCAUAUCAGUCAUGAGUAGUAGUAUCAACAACCACAGGAACGAAAUCGACAACAUUAAGACCAUGAUGGAAGAGGUUCGGAGAAUAGUUGAGGAUUUCCAUCCAUUAGCAUAUCUUCUAGGGAAGCAUGAGAAUUUAGUUUAA